CCUCAUCACCACGUCCAGUGAAUAUCCCAUCGCAUUUUCUGAUUCCCUCCCUCUCCUUUUCCAAACUUCAACUCCAAAAACUUGUCUCAGUGAGGUUAAUAACUUGGAUACACAUGACACAUACCUUACUCUGUUCAUCAUCUGCAAUACCUUCCCUCUUCUUCAAUGGUAUCAUCCACCAUCUCCUUCCCUUGUACCCACUUAUGUUUGUUUCCUGAGAAAAUCCUUUCUGGGUCAUUGAGAUGAAGCCAAAAAUAGAGGAAGCAGGGAUGGCGCCAAAAGCUGAUAUGUUCUUCUUCAACACAACAUGUGUGUGCUGCAUCAUCGCUUUUCAAAUCUCGAAGCAAAAGUGGGGUUAGAAAGUUGAGAACAGCAGGAAGUUGUGGCGGAUCUGCAGAGAUAUGUGAAGGUCAACCGGCGCCAUGGCUUUCCACAUGGCCAACCAAACAGAUCCUUGCUUUGCCCGACCCUUUUUGGUUCAUGUCCGUCUACGACCUCCCACUGCGCUCCACUUAACAAAACCCACCAUUUCUUCGUUGAAAUUGCAGCUUUUUGAUCAACACCCACCUCCCAAAAUGAAGGGUAUGAGUCGUUUCUUCACGAUCGGCCUCGUUGCCGCCUGGUACUCUUCCAACAUUGGGGUUCUCUUGCUCAACAAGUAUUUGCUCACCAACUAUGGUUUUAAGUACCCGAUCUUCCUCACCAUGUGCCACAUGACCGCUUGUUCUUUGUUCAGCUACAUUGCAAUUGCUUGGUUUAAGGUGGUUCCUUUGCAGACCAUUCGAUCUCGCGUCCAAUUCUUUAAGAUCUCUGCUCUUAGCUUUAUCUUCUGCAUCUCCGUUGUGUUUGGCAACAUUUCGCUUCGGUAUUUGCCUGUCUCUUUCAACCAGGCUAUUGGAGCGACGACGCCAUUUUUCACGGCGGUUUUUGCUUAUCUGAUGACCUUGAAGAGGGAGGCUUGGCUUACUUAUGUUACUCUCAUUCCUGUCGUCACCGGAGUUGUCAUUGCGAGCGGGAGCGAACCAAGUUUCCAUCUAUUUGGGUUUCUAAUAUGUGUCGCUGCUACCGCUGCAAGAGCUCUCAAAUCAGUACUUCAAGGCAUCUUGCUUUCUGCAGAAGGAGAGAAGCUGAAUUCCAUGAAUCUCCUUUUAUAUAUGGCUCCUAUGGCUGUUGUUUUCUUGCUGCCUGCAACACUUUUUAUGGAAGAUAAUGUGGUUGGUAUCACAAUAGCUCUUGCUAGAGAUGAUGUCAAGAUCAUCUGGUACCUUCUUUUCAAUUCGUCGCUAGCAUAUUUCGUAAAUUUGACCAAUUUUCUGGUCACGAAACACACCAGCGCGCUGACCCUUCAGGUACUAGGAAAUGCAAAAGGGGCAGUAGCUGUAGUUGUUUCAAUCUUGAUCUUUAGAAAUCCUGUGUCUGUUACUGGAAUGUUUGGUUAUACGCUCACAGUUAUGGGAGUCAUUCUCUACAGCGAAGCAAAGAAACGAGCGAAUAAGAGUUGACACACCCAAACCUCAAUCAAUGGCGCCGCCAAGUAGUAGUGGCUAAAUUUUUGGUCUUGUUUUGAUCUUUUCUCUGCAUGUUUUUUUGUUUUUUUGUCUCAGAAGCAUAGGAAACCGGCUUGUGUAACUCAGCUUAGGAAUAGAAAGUUGAAUAAAUGACCCAACAUCACUGUUGUAACUCAGCUUGAUUCUUUCAUGAUC